AUGCCAGGCAAUAAGUUUUUCGAUGAAAAUACAUUGAAUAGUCCACCAAAAAUUAUUAUUAAAAAGGAAAAUAUUGGGUUAGAAGAAUAUCAACAUCAAAAAUAUCAAUUUAAUUUAUUUAAUAAUACCAGAAAACGUGAUCAAUAUUAUGAAGAUUUAGGUCGAGUUAAAGAUCGACUGGAAAAAGCUGUACCAAGUAUGAAGCAAGUUGCUCAUGCGGAUAUGAAAAGAAUUAAUACAAAUAAAGUUUAUGAAAGAAAGCUUGAACGUGAUUUAACUGGACCAAGAGGUUUAAAUUGGCAACGCAAACAAGAAUUACAACGUUUAGAAAAUAAUGAACGUGAUAUUGAGCGUGAUUUAAUGCGUCUUAAUCGUGAUCUUGCUCGAAUUGCUUUCUCAUCUCCACUUGGUCAAUCUUCAGUACCCAAUGAAAAUCAUGAUCCAUCGCAAGUUCAAACAGGAAAUUUAUCAUCUACUACUAAUAUCAAUCCAACGGCUCCAAUAUUACCAAAAACGAAACUUGAUCUAGAACGUUCGAUCUCGGUCGGUACAAGCAGAGCGACAGUCGGUCUUAUGACAUUAAUUCAUCAAAAGCGUUUAUCAUUAAAUCAAACAAACUCAUUUAAUGAAAGAUCUUCGAUUGAUAAACCAAUAUUUUCGAAAGCUAAUGAAGAACGUCCUUAUCUUCAACAACAUGGCCUUAUGAUGGAUCGAGAAAAACGAAAAAUUGAACAAAAAUUGAAACUUUUUUUAAAUUGA